AUGACUCGUGAAGCAUUUGAAAAUGCGAUUGUGGUCAAUGCAGCAAUUGAUGGCAGCACAAAUGCUCCCAUCUACCUAAAUUCCGUUGCCCAGCAUAUGGGUGUUCAGGUUUCUAUUGAUGGUUGGGACCUGAUCGGAUCACAGAUUCCGUUACUCCUGAACAUGCAGCCGUCAGGGCAGUAUCUUGGAGAGGAAUAUUAUCGUGCGGGAGGGCUUCCGGCUAUCAUGGCAGAGCUCCUGGAUGCAGGAAAGCUCCAUGGUGAUACCUUGGCGUGCAAUGGAAGAACACUGAUGGAUAAUGUGCGAGGCCGACAUUCAUGGGAUCGCCGUGUCAUCCGGCCCUGUGAUGACCCUCUGAUGAAGGAUGCCGGGUUUAUUCAUCUAAAAGGCAACCUGUUCGAUUCUGCUAUUAUGAAAACUUGUGUGAUUUCACCUGCUUUUCGACAACGCUACUUAUCUGAUCUAAAAGACCCAGGAGCUUUUGAGGGCAAUGCCGUGGUGUUUGAUGGCCCUGAAGAUUUCCACAGACGAGUAGAAGGUGUAUCACACAUUGAUGAGAGGUCUGCCUUGAUCAUGCGGAGCGUGGGUCCCUUGGGUUAUCCAGGCGCAGCUGAAGCUGUCAACAUGGACCCUCCUGGUAGGCUAAUUAAGGAAGGUAUUGAUGCACUUUUCUGCGUUGGUGAUGGACAACAGUCAGGAACAUCAGCGUCUCCCUCUAUUCUGAAAUGCUAG